CUGUGCGUGAUGAUGAGCUGUGUGAAAUACUUCUCUUUAACUUUAUCCGACAGCCUGCAAAGACUUUCUCUCAAAGCUCAGUGGUAUCUGUGAGCUGAGCUCGUGCAGCGCGCCUGCGCACACAGGCUCCUCCGUGCUGAAUCUUUCCCCCUCACUUUUCAAAACCUCUCUUGCAGCAUGAAGUGCAGUUAUGGCAAGGAGUAGCAAGUCAGCCGCGAGGACCCUGGAGGAUUUGACGCUAGACUCGGGUUAUGGUGGAGCCGCCGACUCCUUCAGGUCUUCCAGUGCGUCGCUGUGCUGCUCGGAGGCGCAUGGAGGGACUCACUGGCAUCUAACCGACUCGAUGCACAGUCGACACAACAGCCUGGACACUGUUAACACAGUCCUGGUCGAAGACGCCGAGAUCCUGGAGAGCACCGGGCAGUGCGCGAAACUACCCGAGCUUGAGGAUGUUCCGUGGAGCCUCGGGGAAGUGGCGAGCGCGCUGAGCAGGGACGAGGAGAUGAGCCUGCCGACCCCACCACAGGACGUCCUGCUCCGGCUGUCGGUGCUGGUCAGCCGGGCUCUGGUAAGGGUCGCCAAGGAGGCGCAGCGGCUGAGUCUGCGCUACGCCAAAUGCACCAAAUACGAGAUCCAAAGUGCCAUAAAGAUGGUCCUGUCGUGGAGCGUGUCGACGAGCUGCAUCAGCGCGGCCCUCAGUGCCUUGUCCCUGUACAACAUGAGCACGGAGGAGGACAAGUUCAGCCGCGGGAAGUCGCUGCGCUGCGGUCUCGUAUUCAACGUGGGCAAGUUCUUCAGGUGGAUGGUGGACGGCAGGGUGGCGGUCAGGAUCCACGAGCACGCGGCCAUCUACCUGGCUGCGUGCAUGGAGAGCCUGUUCAGAGAGGUGUACGCGCGGGUUCUGCGCAGUGCGCUGCUCGAGCGCGAUAACGGGAUCCCCAAGUUCACCGUGGAGACCCUGGAACAGGCCGUAAGCGGGGACGCGGAGAUCUGGGGGUCUCUGCUGCCCUGGCAACACCUGAUCUGUGGGAAGAACGCGAGCGGUGUGCUCAGCCUACCUGAGGGUCUGACUCUGCACAGAGACCAGCAGCAGCAGCAGCGAGCGGGGAAGAGUGGAGAGGGAAACGCCUACAGUCAGUCUGAGCUGCGUUCGGUUGAACAGUGUUUACUGGCUACAAGAGUGGGCAGCAUAUCUGAACUCAGUGACCUAGUGUCCCGGGCCAUGCACCACCUGCAGCCGCUGUACAUGAAAAACCACAACAAUGGGACGCCGAUCCAUCAGAAGAGCAGUGUGAUUCAGUGGGCGCCCGAGGCGAUCUACACGCUGUGUUACUUCAUGCACUGCCCGCACAUGGAGUGGGAGAACCCCAACGUGGAGCCCUCCAAGGUCACGCUACAAACAGAGAGGCCGUUCAUGGUGCUGCCGCCUCUGAUGGAGUGGGUGCGAGUGGCUGUGGUCCACACAGAGCACAGACGCAGCUUCUCUGUGGACAGCGACGACGUCCGGCAGGCUGCCAGGCUGCUGCUGCCCGGAGUGGACUGUGAACCUCGUCAGCUCCGAACGGAUGACUGCUUCUGUGCCUCGAGGAAACUGGAUGCUGCCUCGACCGAAGCAAAGUUCCUGCAGGAUCUGGGCUUCCGCAUGCUCAGCUGUGGACGCACGGACCUGGUGAAGCAGGCUGUGAACCUGCUGGGGCCUGAUGGCAUCAACAGCAUGAGCGAGCAGGGGAUGACCCCGCUGAUGUACGCGUGUGUCCGUGGAGACGAGGCCAUGGUGCAGAUGCUGCUGGAUGCAGGAGCGGAUAUCAACAGCGAGGUGCCAAACUCAGUGCACAAGCACCCCUCAGUGUUUCCCGAAACGCGGCAGGCGACGCCCCUCACUUUCGCUGUGUUACACGGACAUGUGCCCGUGGUGCAGCUGCUGCUGGACGCCAAAGCCAACGUGGAGGGCUCCCUGCAGGACGGGAUGGAGAACUACACAGAGACCCCGCUGCAGCUGGCUGCGGCUGCAGGUAACUUUGAGCUGGUGAGUCUGCUGCUGGAGCGGGGGGCCGACCCCAUGGUGGGAACCAUGUACCGCAACGGCAUCUCCACCGCUCCGCAGGGAGACAUGAACUCGUACAGCCUGGCAGCAGCUCACGGACACAGAAACGUGUUCCGUAAGCUGCUGUCCCACACAGAGAAGGGGAAAGGGGAUGUUUUAUCGCUGGAGGAGAUUUUGGCCGAGGGAUCGGAGCUGGAAGGAAGGAGCUCGUCUCAGAUCGAUCUGAUCCGCGCCGGGAAGGCCAAGCUCAAAGCUCUGAAAGAAGCCAUGUACCACAGCUCAGAACACGGGCACGUAGACAUCACCAUCGACAUACGCAGCCUCGGUGUGCCGUGGACUCUGCACACCUGGUUGGAGUCUCUGCGGACGUGUUUCAGUCAGCACCGGCGACCUCUGAUCCAGGGUCUGCUCAAAGAGUUCAGCUGCAUCGAGGAGGAGGAGUACACCGAGGAGCUCAUCACACACGGCCUGCCCCUCAUGUUCCAGAUCCUCAGAGCCAGCAAGAAUGAGGUAAUCAGCCAGCAGAUGUCCGCCAUCUUCACACAGUGUUACGGCCCGUACCCCAUCCCCAAACUGGUCGAGAUCAAGAGGAAGCCGGCAUCACGUCUGGAUCCUCACUUCCUGAACAACAAAGAUAUGUCGGACGUGACUUUCCUGGUGGAGGGGAAGCCUUUCUACGCCCACAAAGUCCUGCUCUUCACAGCCUCCAACAGGUUCAAAACUCUUCUAGCAAACCGACCUUGUGGUGAAAACACAUGCAUUGAAAUCAGCAAUGUCAAAUAUCAUAUCUUCCAGCUGGUGAUGCAGUAUCUCUACUUUGGAGGGACUGACGCUGUGCACAUCAGGAACACGGAUAUCAUGGAGCUCCUGUCUGCAGCCAAGUUCUUCCAGCUGGAGGCGCUGCAGAGGCACUGCGAGAUCAUCUGCUCCAAGAACAUCAACACUGAAACAUGUGUGGAGAUCUACAACCACACCAAGUUUCUGGAUGCUCCAGACUUGGCGUCGUACAUCGAGGGCUACUUCUUGAAAAACAUGGUGAUCCUGAUCGAGCUGGAGACGUUCAAACAGCUGCUGUACGACGCUCCUCCGGACAGCCCGGGCUGCGACAUCCUGCAGGCCCUUGAGAAAACGUUAGCCGGCCGCAUCCAGUCCAUCCACCUGUCGUCCUCCAAGGGAUCCAUCGUCUGAGCUCCUGGACGCACAGAGACGGAGAACACUCUCCAGAGACAUGACGCUGUACUGAGAGAAAAACCUGAGGGAGUGAAGGACAAAAAAUAAGACCAGAGGACGGUCAGUGAGGAUCUUUGUCUCUGUGCAGUCCAUCAGAUGCUCACACGUCUGUUAUCUCAUCACAGACUGUUGAUAUCUGUCAACUAUAAACAACAGUAAUAAACUGUCAUAAGAUAGCUGUUUGAUGCCAAAACAACCGUAACAGUGUAGGGUCAUUUGGUAGGAUCAAGGGAACCAGCGAUCAGCGUCUCUUCCUGUCUGCCUCAUGUUCUGAUUCUCUGCUCCAACAUGUGGACCUGUACAGAGUCACUGAUGUGUAUAUCUGUCAUUUAGCAUUAAAUGUGCUGAUUACUCUUUAAAGCCAAACAGACGCACCACUGACACCAACCUGUAAUGUGAGCGAAGAAGAAGAAGAAGACGAGGCUUUGGGCCGAGAGGCGGGACAAAGCGGACUCUUCUUCCUCUGCUGAAGUGUAAAUAUUGUUCAUAUCCAAACAGAGCUAUUGAAGAUGUAAGUUAAUGUAUAUAUCCACAGAUGUUUUCUCAUGUGUCUUAUUGGAUAUGUCUGUACAAAGGUUUUUAAAUGUUGCAUGUCAGAGGGAUGACUGUUUCCUUUUGUUUCUGUUUAAAAUGUUGGAGGGAGGAGCUGCUUCACACCUCGGAGAGAAGCGAGGGUGUUGUUGUCAUCAGCAUGGGUCAGGUAGCGUGUAACAGUCCGUCGUGUGUGGGACCGGAUCGGGCGCUGCGGGCCUGAACUGACCACACCAUGCUGUCGGCUUUUUGUGUUUCUUUCCAGAGGAUGUGAAACCAAUCGACUCGUCUGUGUGUGACUUGUUUAUGUUUCCUCUAUAAAGAUUAAUUUAACCAGUUCAUAAA